UGAAUAUUUAAACUCUAGAUUAUUUGCGAUGUGUUCUAUCGUUUUCGUCAACACGGAAGCCCUUUUCUGGUCAGGUUAACAAACCGAAUACUUGAAGUUCAGCAUCUGUUUAUUAAAAAUACAAAAAAAAACACUUCACAAUCUUUCGUACAACAACUUUAAAAUUCUUUUUUUAAACUUCAGGAAUAAUCAGGACUAUAUGAGAGAUAGGACAGUAUGAGUAAGGUUGGAAUAGUGAAAGAAAUCAACAUGGGGCCAUCCUUAACAAACGGGAUAUUUAAACUUUUCGAUGUAAUUUUUAUGGUGUCUGGAACGUACAUGACUGUAACAAAGAAGACCAAAUCCAAAUUGCAUCUGAUGUAUUGUUUGUUGGUGACGUUCAUGGCGCUGUUUCAGGCUGGAAGAGUAAUUGGCCUUUUCCUGCAACCGGCAUCCUUAGAAGACUAUCUGGCCACGCAUGUGGCUUUUUGCGCCAUACAAAGUGUCAACUUGUUUUUGAAUCUUGUCCAUUGGAUUGGUUUCCGCAGAGAUUACGACUCACUGAAGAAAGAGUUUUUACAUUAUGAAAUUAAUUACGGAUUGACCGUUAUUGGAAAGAGGAGAAAAUGUAUCAAGCAUCUGAUGGGCGGUUGUAUCAUUUCCCCUAUAGUGUUUUUGAUUAGCCUCGGCUUUACUGUUUACAUUUCUCCAGAAAUGAAAAUAAUGUUAUUUCCGUUUAAUAAAUUCAGUGGAUGGAAACUUUACGUCGGUCAUUUUGCUCUUAUGCUUACAGAAAUUCCUAUAUUACUACAAUUCUUAUCAAUCUCCCUGCUAUUUUUCUUUUGUUCUUACUUUUUAAGUAAGGAAUUCGGAAGAAUUAAUUCAUUGAUACAAUCCGACAUUCAACAAAUGACUGUUCUGAAACUGAACACUCUUAUGAAGCAGCACCAAGCAGUCUGUGACCUUCUGUCAGCUGUUAAUCGGAUUUGCAAGCACUAUUUGGUGGGGAGUAUUCUUGCUUUCUUUACGGCUGAUUGUUUUAUGUUGGUCAUGUUAACCAAUGUUUCAUCACUGACAACUGUUUAUUUCACUGCUAUGUUAUUUUGGGCAAUAGUAUACUUCUUGGUGUUCAAUGCUUUACUUUUAAUUGCCUCGCAGGUCAGCUCAAUGGCUCAUGAAACAUUAGACGAAAUAUGGAAGAUUGAUUUUUCGUCUUUAACAGAUAAAGGAUUAAAAUUGAUAGAUAUAUUUACUACCAAGUUAAGUGGAUCAACAAUUGGGUAUGAUGUAUAUGGUUUGUUUACUAUACAGAAAUCAAGUAUAUUAGCGAUAUGUGGGACACUCUUGACAUAUUUUAUUGUAGCAGUACAAUUUAAACCUGGUGGAAAUGGAGAGAAUAGCUUGGAGAUUCCCCAAAACCUGACAUUUAACUGAUAAUUUCGGAAGUAUCCCGUUAAUGAAGUAUGUGUAUCAACUUUAUAAUCAGACUGAAAUGAAAUCAAAAUGGGGUCUAUAAACUGCCCUGUUCUGCACCGACUGGGCAUAGGCUACACAGUGUGUUA